AUGUCAUCUUCGCUUCGUCGUACUGUUCUACAUGGGUUCCAUGUGGCUAAGAAGGCUCGUAUGGGUGCUUUUGCCGGUUAUGAUAUGCCCAUCCAAUAUCCUCUUGGAGCCCUGCAAGAGCACUUACACACACGUAACUCAGCUGGACUCUUUGACUUGUCACAUGUUGGUUGUAUUGAACUGCGUGGUCCUGAUCGUGAAAAGUUCUUCGAAUGGAUUACACCAUGCGGUAUUGCGGAAAUGAAAGAAGGCCAGGCCGUAUUGACAUUACUGCUUAACCAUGAAGGUGGAGUAAAAGAUGAUUGUAUUGUUUGUAAGUACCCUGAUCACUUGUUCUGUGUGGUAAAUGCGGGUUGUAAAGAGAAGGACAUUGCCCAUGUGCGUUCAUCUCUUGAAGAGUUUAAGGGUAAUACCACAGUUGUAGAAGUUGAUUGCGCUGUAGUUUCACUACAAGGUCCUAAAUCAGCAGAAGUACUCGCCCCCUUUGUAGAAGAUCUUGAUAAGUUAUUAUUUAUGAGAAGUCGCCUAAAUGUUUCCUUUAAAGGUAUUCCCAUUACCCUCACACGCUGCGGUUACUCUGGCGAGGAUGGAUUCGAUUUGGUGAUGCAGCCCAAAGACGCCGAGUCCAUUGUGGAGUUGCUGCUGCAGGACCCGAAGGUGCAGUUGGCGGGUCUCGGUGCCCGCGACACGCUGCGGCUGGAGGCCGGACUCAGUCUCUACGGACACGAGAUCGACGAGGACAUUAACCCCGUGGCCGCACGGCUGAUGUGGUGCAUUCCCAAACGUCGAAUGGCGGAGGGCGGCUUUAUUGGCCACGAGAGUGUGAAGAAAUAUCAACAGUCCCCGGAACUUGUAAGGCGAUUGCGUGUUGGGAUUCGAUCAGUGGAGAGAGGGCCGGUGCCGCGUGCGGGGAUGCCGAUUGUUGUGGGCGGCGAGGCGGUGGGGCACGUCUCGAGUGGGGCGCCGUCGCCUUCGCUGGGCUGCAACAUCGCGAUGGGGUUUGUGGACCGGGAGAAGUCGAAGAUUGGGCAGAAGGUGGAAAUUGAUGUGCGGGGACGGCGGGUGCCGGGCGAAGUUGUGCAGGCACGAUUUGUGCCACUUCGAUACUAUAAGGGUUGA